AUGUCGGGGGAGUUGGCGUUGACCCAAAAAGAGGGUCACGAUCCAACCACCUCAGCCACACUCGGGUCAAAGCCCAACCACCUCAGCCACACUCAGGUCAAAGCCCGCUCACCUCGGCCACACUCAGGUCAAAGCCCAACCACCUCAGCCACACUCGGGUCAAAGCCCAACCACCUCAGCCACACUCAGGUCAAAGCCCAACCACCUCAGCCACACUCGGGUCGAAACCCACUCACCUCGGCCAUACUCAGGUCAAAGCCUGCUCACCUCGGCCACACUCAGGUCAAAGCCUGCUCACCUCGGCCACACUCAGGUCAAAGCCUGCUCACCUCGGCCACACUCAGGUCAAAGCCUGCUCACCUCGGCCACACUCAGGUCAAAGCCCAACCACCUCAGCCACACUCGGGUCAAAGCCCAACCACCUCAGCCACACUCAGGUCAAAGCCCAACCACCUCAGCCACACUCGGGUCGAAGCCCACUCACCUCGGCCACACUCAGGUCAAAGCCUGCUCACCUCAGCCACACUCAGGUCAAAGCCUGCUCACCUCGGCCACACUCAGGUCAAAGCCCAACCACCUCAGCCACACUCGGGUCAAAGCCCAACCACCUCAGCCACACUCAGGUCAAAGCCCAACCACCUCAGCCACACUCGGGUCGAAGCUCACUCACCUCGGCCACACUCAGGUCAAAGCCUGCUCACCUCAGCCACACUCAGGUCAAAGCCCAACCACCUCAGCCACACUCAGGUCAAAGCCCAACCACCUCAGCCACACCCAGGUCAAAGCCCAACCACCUCAGCCACACUCGGGUCGAAGCCCACUCACCUCGGCCACACUCAGGUCAAAGCCUGCUCACCUCAGCCACACUCAGGUCAAAGCCCAACCACCUCAGCCAAACUCGGGUCAAAGCCCGCUCACCUCAGCCACACUCAGGUCAAAGCCCAACCACCUCAGCCACACUCAGGUCAAAGCCCACUCACCUCGGCCACACUCAGGUCAAAGCCUGCUCACCUCAGCCACACUCAGGUCAAAGCCCAACCACCUCAGCCACACUCGGGUCAAGGCCCGCUCACCUCAGCCACACUCAGGUCAAAGCCCAACCACCUCAGCCACACUCAGGUCAAAGCCCGCUCACCUCAGCCACACUCAGGUCAAAGCCCAACCACCUCAGCCACACUCAGGUCAAAGCCCGCUCACCUCAGCCACACUCGGGUCAAAGCCCAACCACCUCAGCCACACUCAGGUCAAAGCCCAACCACCUCAGCCACACUCGGGUCAAAGCCCGCUCACCUCAGCCACGCUCAGGUCAAAGCCCGCUCAUCUCGGCCACACUCAGGUCAAAGCCCGCUCACCUCAGCCACACUCAGGUCAAAGCCCAACCACCUCAGCCACACUCGGGUCAAAGCCCAACCACCUGAGCCACACUCAGGUCAAAGCCCGCUCACCUCAGCCACACUCGGGUCAAAGCCCAACCACCUCAGCCACACUCAGGUCAAAGCCUGCUCACCUCAGCCACACUCAGGUCAAAGCCUGCUCACCUCAGCCACGCUCAGGUCAAAGCCCAACCACCUCAGCCACACUCGGGUCAAAGCCCGCUCACCUCAGCCACGCUCAGGUCAAAGCCUGCUCACCUCGGCCACACUCAGGUCAAAGCCCGCUCACCUCAGCCACACUCAGGUCAAAGCCUGCUCACCUCGGCCACACUCAGGUCAAAGCCCAACCACCUCAGCCACACUCGGGUCAAAGCCCAACCACCUCAGCCACACUCAGGUCAAAGCCCGCUCACCUCAGCCACACUCGGGUCAAAGCCCAACCACCUCAGCCACACUCGGCUCAAGGCCCACUCACCUCAGCCACACUCAGGUCAAAGCCCGCUCACCUCAGCCACACUCGGGUCAAAGCCCGCUCACCUCAGCCACACUCAGGUCAAAGCCCGCUCACCUCAGCCACACUCAGGUCGAAGCCCAACCACCUCAGCCACACUCAGGUCAAAGCCCGCUCACCUCGGCCACACUCAGGUCAAAGCCUGCUCACCUCAGCCACACUCAGGUCAAAGCCCAACCACCUCAGCCACACUCAGGUCUAAGCCCAACCACCUCAGCCACACUCGGGUCAAAGCCCAACCACCUCAGCCACACUCAGGUCAAAGCCCAACCACCUCAGCCACACUCGGGUCAAAGCCCAACCACCUCAGCCACACUCAGGUCAAAGCCCAACCACCUCAGCCACACUCAGGUCAAAGCCCAACCACCUCAGCCACACUCGGGUCAAAGCCCAACCAUCUCAGCCACACUCAGGUCAAAGCCCAACCACCUCAGCCACACUCAGGUCAAAGCCCAACCACCUCAGCCACACUCAGGUCAAAGCCCAACCACCUCGGCCACACUCGGAUCAAAGCCUGCUCACCUCAGCCACACUCAGGUCAAAGCCCAACCACCUCAGCCACACUCGGGUCAAAGCCCGCUCACCUCAGCCACACUCAGGUCAAAGCCCAACCACCUCAGCCACACUCAGGUCAAAGCCCAACCACCUCAGCCACACUCGGGUCAAAGCCCGCUCACCUCAGCCACACUCAGGUCAAAGCCCGCUCACCUUAGCCACACUCAGGUCAAAGCCCAACCACCUCAGCCACACUCAGGUCAAAGCCCAACCACCUCAGCCACACUCAGGUCAAUGCCCAACCACCUCAGCCACACUUGGGUCAAAGCCCGCUCACCUCAGCCACACUCAGGUCAAAGCCCGCUCACCUCGGCCACACUCGGGUCAAAGCCUGCUCACCUCAGCCACACUCAGGUCAAAGCCCAACCACCUCAGCCACACUCAGGUCAAAGCCCACUCACCUCAGCCACACUCAGGUCAAAGCCCAACCACCUCAGCCACACUCGAGUCAAAGCCCAACCACCUCAGCCACACUCAGGUCAAAGCCUGCUCACCUCAGCCACACUCAGGUCAAAGCCCACUCACGUCAGCCACACUCAGGUCAAAGCCCACUCACCUCAGCCACACUCAGCCUGGAGUGUGCGGUUCUCCCAGGAGCCUGCAGACCAGUCCGUGGUGCUGGGGGAGCGUGUCGUUUUGUCCUGCGUCGUCUACAACUACAGCGGCAUCGUGCAGUGGACCAAAGACGGACUGGCCCUGGGCAUAGGGGAGGGGCUCCGAGCUCCCGUGGCGGUGAGAGCUCCCGUGGCGGUCAGAGGCGGUCAGAGCUCCCGUGGCGGUCAGAGCUCCGGUGGCGGUGAGAGCUCCCGUGGCGGUCAGAGCUCCGGUGGCGGUCAGAGCUCCGGUGGCGGUCAGAGCUCCCGUGGCGGUCAGAGCUCCCGUGGCGGUCAGAGGCGGUCAGAGCUCCUGUGGCGGUCAGAGCUCCCGUGGCGGUCAGAGCUCCCGUGGCGGUCAGAGGCGGUCAGAGCUCCCGUGGCGGUCAGAGCUCCGGUGGCGGUGAGAGCUCCCGUGGCGGUCAGAGCUCCGGUGGCGGUCAGAGCUCCGGUGGCGGUCAGAGCUCCGGUGGCGGUCAGAGGCGGUCAGAGCUCCUGUGGCGGUCAGAGCUCCCGUGGCGGUCAGAGCUCCCGUGGCGGUCAGAGCUCCCGUGGCGGUCAGAGCUCCCGUGGCGGUCAGAGGCGGUCAGAGCUCCCGUGGCGGUCAGAGGCGGUCAGAGCUCCCGUGGCGGUCAGAGCUCCGGUGGCGGUCAGAGCUCCCGUGGCGGUCAGAGCUCCGGUGGCGGUCAGAGCUCCCGUGGCGGUCAGAGGCGGUCAGAGCUCCGGUGGCGGUCAGAGCUCCCGUGGCAGUCAGAGCUCCCGUGGCAGUCAGAGCUCCCGUGGCGCGGCGGUGAGAGCUCCCGUAGCGGUCAGAGCUCCCGUGGCGGUGAGAGCUCCCGUGGCGGUCAGAGCUCCGGUGGCGGUCAGAGCUCCGGUGGCGGUCAGAGCUCCCGUGGCGGUCAGAGCUCCCGUGGCGGUCAGCGGCGGUGAGAGCUCCCGUGGCGGUCAGAGCUCCCGUGGCGGUGAGAGCUCCCGUGGCGAGGCGGUCAGAGCUCCGGUGACGGUCAGAGCUCCCGUGGCAGUCAGAGCUCCCGUGGCGGUCAGAGCUCCCGUGGCAGUCAGAGCUCCCGUGGCGGUCAGAGCUCCGGUGGCGGUCAGAGCUCCCGUGGCGGUCAGAGCUCCCGUGGCGGUCAGAGGCGGUCAGAGCUCCGGUGGCGGUCAGAGCUCCCGUGGCGGUCAGAGCUUCGGUGGCGGUGAGAGCUCCCGUGGCGAGCUCCCGUGGCGGUCAGAGGCGGUCAGAGCUCCUGUGGCGGUCAGAGCUCCCGUGGCGGUCAGAGCUCCCGUGGCGGUCAGAGCUCCGGUGGCGGUCAGAGCUCCGGUGGCGGUCAGAGCUCCGGUGGCGGUGAGAGCUCCCGUGGCGGUCAGAGCUCCGGUGGCGGUCAGAGCUCCGGUGGCGGUCAGAGCUCCGGUGGCGGUCAGAGGCGGUCAGAGCUCCUGUGGCGGUCAGAGCUCCCGUGGCGGUCAGAGCUCCCGUGGCGGUCAGAGCUCCCGUGGCGGUCAGAGGCGGUCAGAGCUCCCGUGGCGGUCAGAGGCGGUCAGAGCUCCCGGUGGCGGUCAGAGCUCCGGUGGCGGUCAGAGCUCCCGUGGCUGUCAGAGCUCCCGUGGCAGUCAGAGGCGGUCAGAGCUCCGGUGGCGGUCAGAGCUCCCGUGGCGGUCAGAGGCGGUCAGAGCUCCGGUGGCGGUCAGAGCUCCCGUGGCAGUCAGAGCUCCCGUGGCAGUCAGAGCUCCCGUGGCGGUCAGAGCUCCGGUGGCGGUCAGAGCUCCCGUGGCGGUCAGAGCUCCCGUGGCGGUCAGCGGCGGUGAGAGCUCCCGUAGCGGUCAGAGCUCCCGUGGCGAGCUCCGGUGGCGGUCAGAGCUCCGGUGGCGGUCAGAGCUCCCGUGGCGGUCAGAGCUCCCGUGGCGGUCAGCGGCGGUGAGAGCUCCCGUGGCGGUCAGAGCUCCCGUGGCGGUGAGAGCUCCCGUGGCGGUGAGAGCUCCCGUGGCGGUCAGAGCUCCGGUGGCGGUCAGAGCUCCGGUGGCGGUCAGAGCUCCCGUGGCGGUCAGAGGCGGUCAGAGCUCCGGUGACGGUCAGAGCUCCCGUGGCAGUCAGAGCUCCCGUGGCGGUCAGAGCUCCCGUGGCAGUCAGAGCUCCCGUGGCGGUCAGAGCUCCGGUGGCGGUCAGAGCUCCCGUGGCGGUCAGAGCUCCCGUGGCGGUCAGAGGCGGUCAGAGCUCCCGUGGCGGUCAGAGGCGGUCAGAGCUCCGGUGGCGGUCAGAGCUCCCGUGGCGGUCAGAGCUUCGGUGGCGGUCAGAGCUCCCGUGGCGGUCAGAGCUCCCGUGGCGGUCAGAGGCGGUCAGAGCUUCGGUGGCGGUCAGAGCUCCCGUGGCGGUCAGAGCUUCGGUGGCGGUCAGAGCUCCCGUGGCGGUCAGAGCUUCGGUGGCGGUCAGAGCUCCCGUGGCGCAUGGCCGCGGUACCGGAUCCUUCGGGCCCUGGACACGGGUCAGUUUAACCUGGAGAUCUCUCAGGCGGAGCUCGCCGACGACUCUCAGUACGAGUGUCAGGCCACGGAGGCGGCGCUUCGCUCACGGAGAGCCAAGCUCAACGUCCUCAUUCCUCCAGAGGAGCCACAGCUAGAGGGCGCCCCUGAGCUGCUGCUGAUGGCUGGGACUCAGUACAACCUCAGCUGCGUCACACGAGGAGCCAAACCUGCAGCACACAUACAGUGGACCAAGGACGGGGCCCCUGUGGACGGGGCCCACCAGGCCACGCACAGACUCAGCACAGACUCAGCACAGACUCAGACUCAGCACAGACUCAGCACAGACUCAGUACAGACUCAGCACAGACUCAGCACAGACUCAGCACAGACUCAGUACAGACUCAGACUCAGUACAGACUCAGCACAGACUCAGUACAGACUCAGCACAGACUCAGCACAGACUCAGACUCAGCAGACAGACUCAGUACAGACUCAGUACAGACUCAGUACAGACUCAGCACAGACUCAGCACAGACUCAGCACAGACUCAGCACAGACUCAGACUCAGUACAGACUCAGCACAGACUCAGUACAGACUCAGCACAGACUCAGCACAGACUCAGACUCAGUACAGACUCAGCACAGACUCAGCACAGACUCAGACUCACACAGACUCAGCACAGACUCAGACUCAGCACAGACUCAGCACAGACUCAGUACAGACUCAGCACAGACUCAGCACAGACUCAGCACAGACUCAGUACAGACUCAGACUCAGUACAGACUCAGCACAGACUCAGUACAGACUCAGCACAGACUCAGCACAGACUCAGACUCAGCACAGACUCAGUACAGACUCAGUACAGACUCAGUACAGACUCAGCACAGACUCAGCACAGACUCAGCACAGACUCAGCACAGACUCAGACUCAGUACAGACUCAGCACAGACUCAGUACAGACUCAGCACAGACUCAGCACAGACUCAGACUCAGUACAGACUCAGCACAGACUCAGCACAGACUCAGACUCAGUACAGACUCAGCACAGACUCAGCACAGACUCAGACUCAGCACAGACUCAGCACAGACUCAGACUCAGCACAGACUCAGCACAGACUCAGUACAGACUCAGACUCAGAGGUUCUCCCGGACAGAAAGCGAGUGACGACCCGCAGUUACCUGACCAUAAACCCUGCAGACACCGACAGUGGGAGGACCUUCACCUGCAUUGCCUCCAACCCUGCCGUCCCGAUGGGGAAGAGGACCUCCGUCAUGCUCAACGUGCACCACCCGCCCACUGUGACGCUGUCAAUCGAGCCGCGAUCAGUGAUGGAAGGAGAGAGGGUCACGUUCACCUGCCAGGCCACCGCCAACCCCCCCAUCAUGGGCUUCAGGUGGGCCAAAGGGGGCGUGCUGCUGGAGGGGGCCCGGGAGAGCGUGUUCAUGACCACCGCAGACCACUCCUUCUUCACGGAGCCCGUGUCCUGUCAGGUCUUCAACGCCGUGGGCAGCACCAACGUCAGCAUCCUGGUCGACGUGCACUUUGGACCCAUCCUGGUGGUAGAACCUCGACCCGUCACGGUGGACGUGGACUCAGACGUGACGUUAAACUGUAAAUGGUCCGGAAACCCUCCCCUCACCCUGACCUGGACCAAGAAGGGAUCCAGCAUGGUGUUGAGCAACAAUAACCAGCUGUACCUGAAGUCGGUGGGGCAGGCGGACGCGGGACAGUACGUGUGCAAAGCCAUCGUGCCCAGGAUCGGCGUCGGCGAGACCGAGGUCCUGGCCUCCCUGACGCCCUCCGCCUCGCGCAGUAACGCCCCCCCUCCUGUGCCUCUCCCGCAGAGCUACGAACCCGACGAGCUGACGGAGGAGAUGGCCCACCUGGAGGGCCUCAUGAAAGACCUGAACGCAAUCACAACCACCGCGCCCUAG